GCAUCGGAUGAAACACAUAUUAUGUUCAUAAACACCAUACGCAACAACGACUUGGAUGUCGUCACGAGGAACUACAUAAACAUCACGUUUGUCUGCCGCUACCCAAUAAACUACAUGGUCCAGCAGCCCAAUGGGGAAAACAUGAUCAGAGUGGAUGUCAAGUAAGAUAUCUAGCUAAGGUUUUAAAAAAAAAAUCACAUUUGGUAAUAGAUUUUCAUUACGAGUUCAUUAACGCAUGGUUCAAACGGUAUUUUACAAUUGUUCACACAGUCUUAAUUGGCCAAAACAUCUGAUCUAAAAGAGGAAUGUUUUAUGUUCUAUGUGGUGCUUACAGUUUGUAGAAAACAUCAAUCCAAUCACCUCUAAGAUCUCUGUUGGACGAUCCUAACUUCCACUUAAGUCGAAUUUUCACUUUAGUCGUUCAUGUAAAAAAUGUGACUUUAGUGGAAGUUAGGAUUCUUGUAUCUGUAACUCGAGCACUGCAUCUAUACAAUCUAUACAAUUCUCUCCAGGACCAUCACUCUGAACACAGAAGAUGGGAACUUCUCUGUGUCCAUGUUGCUUUAUAAAGACGAGGACUUUGAGGACAAGUGGACCACUGUGCCCUCCCUGACCCUGGACGACAACAUCUACGUUAAAGUGUUGAUGGUAAAGGUCACAAUGUGAUUUCAUUCUGUUUGAUUCAGUGGCAUGUACCUGUUUUCUGUUCUAUCUUUUCUUAGUGCCAUUGCAACCACACUUGGCACCAUCACACAGUCUUCUUAGGAAUGGUGUUGUUGAAAUAUGAAAUCAGAACUGAUCAUGUAAAGAUAACCAGCAGAUAUUUAGUUAGGCUAGUUAACUGAAAUACCAACAAAUGUGGUGUGACUUACUGUACAGCUUUUGAAUGAUCAAAAACAGACCCUAUAAUCUGUGGAAGCUUACUGUGUCUGAGCUGUUUCUGCUUCUUGCUGGAUAAAGAUAAGCACCUUUAGUGUGUGUUGAGCUGAAUGACCAGUCUUUGGCCCUGACCAUAGACAUAGGCUGCAUCCCAAAUGGCACCAUAUUCCCUACAUAGUGCACUACUUUUUUUUUACCAGGGCACAUAGGGCACUAUAUAGGGAAUAGGGUGCCAUUUGGGACAUAACCCCAGUCUUUUGACAUGACCAUACACAUACAGUACUUGUCAGAUAGGGCGUUGCCGGGAAGGUAGCCUAGUGAUUAAGAGCGUUGGGCCAGUAUCCGAAAGGUCGCUGGUUUGAAUCCCCGAGCCGGCUAGGUGAAAAUCUGCCAUUGUGCCCUUGAGCAAGGCACUUAACCCUAAUUGCUCCUGUAAGUCACUCUGGAUAAGAGUAUCUGCUAAAUGACCAAAAUGUAAAGUAUAUUGGCCCUGACACUAGACCUUGUGGGCAGCUAAUCAACUACUCAGUCUGUGACAGACUGGACAGUAAUGUGAGUGCCGCUGCUCUUGAUUCUCUCUCAUCUCUGCUGUUAUCACAGGCUGCUAUCACUGCUCUGCUCUGCUGUUAUCACUGCUCUGACCCCCUGCCUCUCUGCUGCUAUCACUGCUCUGACCCCCUGCCUCUCUGCUGCUAUCACUGCUCUGACCCCCUGCCUCUAUCACAGGCUGUUAUCACUGCUCUGACCCCCUGCCUCUAUCACAGGCUGCUAUCACUGCUCUGACCCCCUGCCUCUAUCACAGGCUGUUAUCACUGCUCUGACCCCCUGCCUCUAUCACAGGCUGCUAUCACUGCUCUGACCCCCUGCCUCUAUCACAGGCUGUUAUCACUGCUCUGACCCCCUGCCUCUAUCACAGGCUGUUAUCACUGCUCUGACCCCCUGCCUCUAUCACAGGCUGCUAUCACUGCUCUGACCCCCUGCCACUAUCACAGACUGCUAUCACUGCUCUGACCCCCUGCCUCUAUCACAGACUGUUAUCACUGCUCUGACCCCCUGCCUCUAUCACAGACUGUUAUCACUGCUCUGACCCCCUGCCUCUAUCACAGACUGCUAUCACUGCUCUGACCCCCUGCCUCUAUCACAGGCUGCUAUCACUGCUCUGACCCCAUGCCUCUAUCACAGGCUGCUAUCACUGCUCUGACCCCCUGCCUCUAUCACAGGCUGUUAUCACUGCUCUGACCCCCUGCCUCUCUGCUGCUAUCACUGCUCUGACCCCCUGCCUCUCUGCUGUUAUCACUGCUCUGACCCCCUGCCUCUCUGCUGCUAUCACUGCUCUGACCCCCUGCCUCUCUGCUGCUAUCACUGCUCUGACCCCCUGCCUCUCUGCUGCUAUCACUGCUCUGACCCCCUGCCUCUAUCACAGGCUGCUAUCACUGCUCUGACCCCCUGCCUCUAUCACAGGCUGUUAUCACUGCUCUGACCCCCUGCCUCUAUCACAGACUGUUAUCACUGCUCUGACCCCCUGCCUCUAUCACAGGCUGCUAUCACUGCGCUGACCCCCUGCCUCUAUCACAGGCUGCUAUCACUGCUCUGACCCCCUGCCUCUCUGCUACUAUCACUGCUCUGACCCCCUGCCUCUAUCACAGGCUGCUCUGCAUACUAACUACAACUUGGACUCUAGUUCUCUCGCUCUCCCUCUCUAUUUCUCCCCACAGUACCUCUAUCCUAUCUCAAUUCAAUUCAAUGUGCUUUAUUGGCAUGGGAAACAUGUUUACAUUGCCAAAGCAAGUGAAAUAGUUAAUAAACAAAAACACAAUUCUCAGAAAUUAACAGUAAACAUUACAUUCACAAAAGUUUCAAAAUAAUAGAGACAUUUCAAAUGCUAUGGCCAUGUACAGUGUUUUAACAAUGUGCAAAUAGUUGAAGUACGAAAGGGGGCAGACGUUUUGAUCAAGAGAGACCUUUAGAAAAUAUGCAAAUGUUCUCUAACACUAAACACACAAAUAUGUAUUUUACAAUUAUAAGGAAGGUGAAAUCUUAUAGUUAGUCAUUUUAUAAUUUGAUUAUGCUGUAUUUAGAAAGCACAUAAGUGAUUUCAAGCCUUUUUGUUGAAUGGGAAAUAUAUCAUAUAACAUCUUUCAUAUUUUCAUCAUAUUUGUACUAUGUAAUUAAGCUUGUGUCCUCAAAAGUGACUACACUUCAGUAAUUGAUAACUAUUUUUACCAGAAAGGUGAUAUUUGAACCUUUCUUGGAGUAUGCCGCAUUACUAGUUAUUGUUUAUGGCCCUCAUGAUAAAUAAUUACUUUUGGGGAUUACGUAGAUUACAUUUUAGUUUACAUUUGGUUACAUUUAACUGGUUAACCGGUAUCCUCCCAUCUACACUGAUUGAAGUGGGGCUCUGUGGGGUCUGUUGUGUUUGUGAACAGAGCCCCAGGACCAGCUUGCUUAGGGGACUCUUCUCCAGGAUCAUCUCUCUGUAGGUGAUGGCUUUGUUAUGGAAGGUUUGGGAAUCGCUUCCUUUUAGGUGGUUGUAGAAUUGAACAGCUCUUUUCUGGAUUUUGAUAAUUAGCGGGUAUCGUCCUAAUUCUGCUCUGCAUGCAGUAUUUGGUGUUUUACUCUCUCUCUGUUGACCUGGUCAAAAUAUUUAAUGACUGCAGGCCUGAGGCACCUCUUUGUGUGUGUGUGUGUGUCACUGAUUGCAGUCUCGGUUUGUCUCGCUCUCACUUAGAUACCGGCUCAUCUUUUGCUGCGUGUGGAGAGGUGCUGGGCUACCCCAACCAACGACCCAUACAGUAACAUCCAAUACACCUUCAUCAAGGACAGGUCUGUUCAAAGAGAAGUUCAACAUUAUAUCACUGUGCAUUAUAAGCCCCUCUCAGCACAUCUUGCUUUAAGUUUCAUUCAGUUUAUUGUUAUUCAUAAAUGUGUUAUGGAGGCCUAUCUAAAUGUAUAUUUUUGCAGUGUCACACUUUCAACCACAUUUGACACCAGCACACAGUCCUCUGGGAAUGGCGUUGUUGAAUUAUGAAAUAAGAGCUGCUGAAUUGCUUAGACAAGAGACCAGGGGUGACACAACAACUUCAGACCCCUGUCUCAUGACACUGUCUGAGGCCAUAUAGAUUUCAGACCCCUGUCACAUGACUCGGGCCCUGUCUGAUGCCGCAUUCAUGUCAUGUCGGAAACUCAGACAUUUCCAACUUGCUUACUCGUGGUAGAAAGAUGAUGUCCGAGUUUCCCAAUUGUCAUAUAUGUAUAUAUAUAUAUAAGUAUCAGAAUCAACCAAUAGGAAGCUCUACGCAACUAACUUACGUUUAUUUUAAAUCUGAGGUCCCGAGUGUUCGACAUGAUAUGAACACGGCAUCAGCCAUAUGCAUUUCAGCUCAACAACUGUGCAUGUCCUUGACAACCAGGAGGUAUGUUGUACUGUUAGCAACAGCACAGCAAUGAUUUGCACAAGGACUUUUGUUUACUACGUCUGAGGAGAAAACACUUAGGAGGAUCUGUCUUGUCAUUCCAAGAAUACUAAAUGUUAAUGUGUUUGCAUUGCCAUUAUGAAAGAUGGAUAUGUCACAAUAGCAAAGUGCUCUGCUCUUACAUUGGCAUGUGUUCAAUGAAAACAAGCGACUAUAGAUUCCUCGUCUGGUUUUUGUAUCAGCUGUUGGAAUAGUUUACCAGGAAUUAUAGGAUUUUAAUGGAUUUCCCUGAGUUUUAUUAACCAACACAUUCUAAAAUGUAUGAUAUCUUAUUCAAUGGUAGCACAUGCUGCCUCUGAUACUGAUACGAUCCAUUGCCUGCUUUGUCUGCCUGCUCUCUCUCUCUUUCUCUCCUUCUCUCUCUCUUUCUCUGGCUCUCUCUCUCGGCCUGUCUCAGCUGCCCCGUUUUGUCAAACGAACCGUUGACAGUGCUGAAGAAUGGACAGGGGCCAGAGGCUAUGUUCAGGAUACAAAUGUUCAAGUUCGUGGGCAGCUCUUACAAGAAUGUGUUUCUCCACUGCAAUGUUCAGAUCUGUCACAACACACCUGGGGUCUGUCAGCCUGUGAGUGAUCCCUCCUCCUUUCUUCAUAAUGAUGAUGCUCACUGGCUCCUUCAAACCCUAGUUUAUAGUAAGGUCCUAACUGCUGUCAUAAAAGAGAGAACGAAAAACACUUCUUUUUUUGCAUUCCUAAUAUUACAAUUAAUUAUCAUUUUGGAAAAUGUAAAACAACAAGUAAAUAUGGUAAUGAGACUGGGUAAUAAUCCUGUAAUUAAACUAUAUAUUUGCUUGCUGUACCUUAAUAUUUCUCCCUAAUUUCUAUCAUUGAUUACUACCAUCCAUUUAACAGAACUGUUCUGGUGAGGAUAACAAUGGGCGGAUGAGAAGGGAUGUCACUACGGCCCAUACAGUAUCUUAUGGACCAAUCAGGCGACGUCUGCUUGAGAGUGACCAACCCAGCCUGAGUAAGUCUCCCAAUAAAGGCUCUUUAUUUACCAUGACCAACAUACUGUACUGGGUCGUGUUCAGUAGAGAUAAAACAUUUUGUGUUAGAGUGAAACAGGGAGGUACGUUGCAGAUAUAAAUGCCAUGAUAGAGUCGACAUGAUUCCUUAUUCUACAUGCCAGAGAGGCAUGUUUGUUCUUCAUAACAUAUUUCUAUCUGAACGUUCCAAAAUGUUGUGUCCUGCUGAACGCACCCCAGCUCAUUUAUGUUUUCUGUUUUAAAAUGUUUUGCUAAGCUGUGCCCUACUGAAUAUGUCCCUGCAUCUCUGACUGAUCGAUCUCUUGCCCUGCAGAUUCUGGUGUGCCCUCGGUGGAGACCUUUGCCCUGGCAGGCCUGUUAGCGGUCCUGCUGCUGAUCACUGGAGUGUUUGGGAGGCUGUGGCUGCGAACCAGACGCUCCUACCCAGCACAGGAGACUCAGCUCACCCUGUCCAACAUACACCACAAUGCAGAAGUGGCCUCCUGAACUAACCCAGCAGUCCAAGCUAUGAGAACUGAUCUGAACCGGUGCACUCAGACACACAAAUUAAUGCAUGCACAGGCAUGCACGCACAUGCACACAUAAACACACAUUACAUUUCUGCAUAAGGAAAGCGGAAAGUAUGAAUUGACUGUAGUUUUGUGUGUAAAUAAAAUCUCACUGUAGAAAUUAAGAGGAAUUUUGAAGAUGUGAUAUGAAAAUAAAAACUUGUCUCUGCACAGAGUUUUCUGUGUUUUUUAUAGAGAAAAAAUGAAGGUAUUUCAAAGAGCUGUUUAUGUGUUUAAUUGUAAUAUUUCGGACCUUUUCCAUGUCUAAGACAAUAUAUUUCAGUGAGAUGUAAUAUUGUGACGUUAUUCCCCAUCUAUUUCAGGCGCACGUAUCUAGCCAAAUUUUGGUACGCUGCACGAUGACGUAAUCAACUAGCGCCACUUGUAGCUUUCAGCAGCUAGCCAAAGAUGAGCUAGCUUGCUUUUUACAACACAGCGACUAGAGGCGAAAGACACGACGUGA